CUCCUGCCAAACCCAAAAAAGCAAACAAAAUAAAGGCUUAGAGAACCACAAAAUCUCUCCGAACAGCGGCUCAUUCCUCUCCGGAGUUGUCCCAUUACCGGCUCAGCAAUGGCCGCUGUUCGGUUUCUCCUCUUUUUCAUCUUCUGCUUCCUUCCCCUCUCUCUUUCAGUUUCGGAAAUAGAGGCUCUCCUCAAACUCAAGCAAUCAUUCACCCAUGGAGACGCGCUAAGAUCAUGGGUUCCGAACUCCUCUCCAUGCUCGGGCAAGUGGGAGGGAGUCAUUUGCUUUGAUGGAAUAAUCACCGGCCUCCAUCUCACCGGCUUAGGUCUCGGAGGAAACAUAGACGUUGACGCUGUAGUUGAACUUCACGGUCUUCGAACUAUCAGCUUUGUGAACAACUCCUUUUCAGGUCCAAUUCCAGACUUUCACAGGCUUGGCGCUUUGAAAUCUCUCUUAUUAACAGGCAAUCAAUUCUCUGGUAAUAUUCCUAAAGACUACUUUUCCCAUAUUACUUCAUUGAAGAAAGUCUGGCUUUCCUAUAAUCGCUUAAAUGGAACGAUACCUGAUUCAGUAACAGAACUAUCCCACCUCAUAGAACUCCACCUUGAGAAGAAUGAGUUCACAGGUCGUAUACCACCUAUUAAUAUAUCCUCGUUGAAACAACUUGAUAUGUCAAACAACAUGCUGGAAGGUGAAAUCCCUAAGAGCUUGUCGAUCUUUGCCGCGGAUACGUUUGCAGGAAACGAAGGACUUUGUGGGAAGCCAUUGGACAAGGUUUGCACAGAGAAAGAAAACGGAACGUUGACGACAAAUGAAAACAAGCACAGCAACACUACCAUGCUAGUGCUUCUGUUCCUUGGCACUAUAGUAUUUCUCUUCAUCUUCUUUGCGUUUGGUACUUACGCAAAGGAUAGAAAGGGCAAAGACUUUGAUGUCUUAGGUAGCGAAGUAACGUCGAAUGCUGAAAUGGUUGAGAUGCGCAUGCCAAGUUCUAAUCGCAGUGGGGCAAGGGAUUACUCGAGCCGUAAAGGUGAUACGAAGAAAGGUUCAUCUCAUGGAAAUAAUGGAAUGACUGAUCUUAUAAUGCUGAAUGUUGACAAUGGUACAUUUGGGUUGCCUGAUUUGAUGAAGGCAUCUGCAGAAGUGCUCGGCAAUGGUGGUUUGGGUUCCGCGUAUAAGGCCGUAAUGGCCAACGGGCUGUCAGUGGUCGUGAAGAGAAUGAGAGAGGUGAAUAUGUUGCAAAGAGAAGGGUUUGAUGCUGAAAUGAAACGAUUUGGAAGACUAAGGCAUCAGAAUAUCUUAACUCCUCUAGCUUAUCAUUUUCGAAGAGAGGAGAAGCUGUUGGUGUCCGAAUUCAUUCCUAAGGGCAGCUUGCUAUAUAUCUUACACGGUGAUCGCGGAACAAGUCACGCCGACCUCAAUUGGCCAACGCGUUUGAAGAUUAUCCAGGGCAUUGCUCGUGGAAUGGGCUUCCUCCACACGGUGUUUCCUUCGUAUGACUUGCCCCAUGGGAAUCUCAAGUCUAGCAAUGUUUUUCUACGAGAUGAUUAUGAGCCACUUCUAAAUGACUAUGGUUUUAAUUCACUAACCGCUACGCCCAUCGCCGCCCAAGCAUUGUUUGCCUAUAAAUCCCCUGAUUACAUACAAUUCCAAAGAGUCUCUACAAAGUCUGAUGUCUAUUGCCUUGGAAUAAUCAUUCUUGAAAUUCUUACAGGGAAGUUCCCCUCUCAUUAUGUUAGCAAUGGAAAGGGUGGUGCUGAUGUUGUGCAAUGGGUUUUGAUGGCAAUGUCUGAAAAAAGAGUGCAUGAAGUGCUAGAUCCGGAGAUAGUGAGCAAUACAAGUUCAGUCAACCAUAUGGUGCAACUCCUCAAUAUUGGGGUUACUUGCAUUGAAACUAAUCCAAAACAACGAAUCGAUAUGGGGGAAGCCAUUAGGAGGAUAGAAGAGAUACAAACGUAAUGUAUGCCAGAUUGCUGGUGCUGCUAGUUCAAUCAAUACAGGGCCUAGAUCCGUAGGUAAGUGGUAGAAAAGAUUGUGAUCAUCAGCAUAUAAUUUCAAUCCCAUGCUUCAACAUUCGUGAUUAUCAAUAUAUAUCUUGUGAUGAGCA